CACAAACUAUGCUAAAGCUAUUUUGUUAGCCUAGUUUUGUAAAUUUGCAAAUUACCGGACAUUCACAAAAUAUUAGGACGCACCUCUAUUUACCCAGUGGCUGCAUAAGAAAGAUGGUAAAUAGCUGCCAGUGACGAGACACAUGUUUCUUAAACUAAAACGGUUAACGAGUAGCUAGCUAAACAUGCUAACAAUGCUGAAGUUGGUUCCUCAUUGGAGCCAGAAGCUGCACUGUCGCAAGGCUGCCUGCUAGUGGAGCUACAUAAUAGGUUUAAAUUAAGUAAAAGGACUAAAAGGAAUUUCUUUCAAAAGGAAACCUCAUGAAUACAAUGUAUUGGAGAGAAACACAUUGUAUAUGCUAAUAAACAGAAACCCUAUUUUAUUUACCUUUAACUACCUGAUUGAUUGGUAGGACUGAAUGGCUUAAUCAAUGACAUGUCAUGUCAUACUCCUGAUCUGCUUAAUGCUGACGAUUUUAAGCGCAUUUUUUUUAUUAGGUUACACAGGUAACCAGGUAAGCAGGCAUAGAGCCAAACACUUAAAGUCAUGAUUUUUAGUACACUAAAUAAAACAACAUAACUUGGUGAGAGAUAUGUGUAAUUCUGUUCUAAAUAAAACGUUUUUGUAUUUAAAUUAACAACUUUUAUUAUUAAUACAAUUAUUUUGUCUUUCUUUCAUUUAUUUAUUUACCGGGAUUGUUUUUUUUCUGGUCCGCUCGUGACCAGAAUCUACGAAUGAGCAACCAACUUCAAGAUCAACUAAAUGCCUCAGGUCCGCUGGAAAACGAGUUUCUGUUAUGUAGUCCGGACUUUAACUAUGACCUCUCCUUAUUUCAUGCAGAGCAGACCUGUUAUCACUCGGAGUGGUGAUCAAAAUGCAGCGUCUCUCAGGUCCAAACUCACCACCAGACGGAGGAAUCAGGGUCCAGGUUCCUCUGUGGAGGUGAAGGUAGAGCCGGAGGAGGCGAGGAUCUCGGAGCAAAGACCCUCCUCGGCCCCCUUAUCCACGGCAGAGGCAAGGCAACCUCAACCUCAUCUACAUACUUGUUCCCAUGUGGUAUGUUUUCUUUAUGUAUUUCUGUGCUGGGUCAGAUAUUCUAAAUCCUCUCUACCCUGUGCUCAUUCUGGUGCUUGCCAUCCAAAAACAGAAACAGACGCCUUGCCGUUGUCUUCACAUAGCCGCAGGAGGAAACAGCUCAAAGUGGAAUAUGAUGAGGAUGAAGGUGUACCACCGGUGAAGACAGAACACUGGGAACCUCCCGACUGGAAGAAACAACUGGGAUACAUCCGUGAGAUGAGGAGCAGCCGGGAUGCACCUGUAGAUAACAUGGGGGCAGAGAAAUGCUACGACUCAGACGCUACUGCUCAUGUCAGACGUUUCCAGGUGUUGGUUUCACUCAUGCUGUCCAGUCAGACCAAGGACCAGGUGACCGCAGCAGCCAUGAAGAGGCUCCGAGCUCACGGCUGCACUGCAGAAAGUAUUCUUAAUACUGAUGAUGAAGCACUGGGGAAACUCAUCUACCCUGUCGGCUUCUGGAGGACUAAGGUGAAGUAUCUGAAGCUGACAUCGGCCAUUCUGCAGAAAGAGUUUGGAGGGGACAUCCCAGACAGCGUGCAGGGGCUGGUCCGCCUAACAGGAGUCGGACCUAAGAUGGCUCAUCUGGCUAUGGACAUCGCAUGGGACCAGGUGUCCGGCAUCGGCGUGGACACACACGUGCAUCGUAUCUCUAACAGGCUGGGCUGGCUGAAGAAACCGAGCAAGAGCCCAGAGCAAACGCGCAAGGCCCUGGAGGAGUGGUUACCAAGGGAGCUGUGGAGUGAGAUCAACUGGCUGCUGGUGGGUUUCGGGCAGCAGGUGUGCCUCCCCGUCAGGCCGCUCUGCUCCGUGUGUCUGAACCAGCACAGCUGUCCCUCCGCCCACAAGAGCUCUCCUACAAAAAGGCCUAAAGCUGCUUCCCCUUGCUCCCCUGAUCCAACCUCUGCCUCCACAGUAAAGACUGAACCUGGACAAGAAUCAGAUGUUAAACAUGAGAGGUUAAAGAAGGAGCCACUGCCCACACCUGUUUCCCCAAACGCACCGAAACGGAAGAUAAAAACCAAGGUUAAAUAUUGAUUUAGUCUUGUCUGAGCUGUGACCAAAUAUUGGACCAGAAAGAUCAACUUAAACACAGACACACUGAGAACAUUGAUGUGGAUAUCAGAAUGUGCGAGUUUAAUAUGACACUACAACUACUUCAAAGAGAUAAACUAUUUUUCUACUGCUGGUGCUACUUUAUUAUUAUAAAAAAUUCAUAAAUGAUGUACUGAAAUCAUGUUCAAA